AUCUAGGCCAGAUAAACAUCGAACUCCUUCCAAAAAUGAUAUUAACAACGAAGUAAUAGAAAGUACUCCAAUUAAAAGCGAGUUAAAUUGUACACUGCGAAAACGUCGAGCUUCUAGUGAUAGUAACAGCGGAGAAAGCUUAGAACCAAGAAGUCGAAGCAGCUCACCCGAAAUUUUGUCAGUCGGCCCUCCAGCAACUUACAAGCUUUGUCAGUUAAGUGGACAUAAUUUCAUAAUAAAGACACCAAUCGAUAUUCAGAGAAAGGAGACAAAAAACUUAAACGACUUAGAUAUAUCGAACUUACUGUUGUCCGAUGAUUCCGAUAAUGAACCAAUAAUUGACAAAAUUAAAAGAACCGACUCAAAAAUUGUAGCAAGAUCAAAAUCAGGUGACACUGGCUUUGAACUAUUGCAUACACCAAUAAAAAAUGUUGAAUUAUUGGACAAAAUGAAUGAGAAUACUCAAUUAGAGACUCCUAAAAGUGCACGACGCAAUUUGUCGCAGUGUUUGGAGAAUGGAAAUGGUUGUGACGCACGCAAAGACUUACUCUUGAAAAAAAUGGCUGAAAAACGCGAAGAUGCUUCGUUACGAAUAAAGCUCUGUAGAUCAUCUGAACGGAGUAACUAUAGAAUAGAUUCUGAUUCAGAUGGCAGCGUUAACAAUAAAACGAGAAUACGAAAUAUUCCAUGUACUCCAAAAAGUAUAUUAAAAGUUAGUUCUAGAAGACCAAACACACCAAGUGUUCACUUUGAUAAUCAUCCUGAGAUAAACGAAUAUUCACCAAUCUCUAAUCUAACUGAAAAAUUGACUAGAGUAGAAAUAAAAUUAGAGCGUGUUGAGAUCAAAAAUAUUAGAAAAUUAAAUUCUAAAUAUUCGGAUGGCUGCACUGUUGAUUCUCCGCCACGCAAAACAGCUGGAACCAUCAGCAAAGGUCAUAAAACUGUUCACUGCGAUGAAGAUGAUGAUGAUAAUAUUCUUGUCAAAAAUUCUCCUAGCAACAAAACAGCAUACCCAAGAUCUACAGAUGACAAUAAAGUCAUUCGUGUGUCUACAAGAUCAAAUGAAACUCCCACGAAACGCAGUCAUAAAAGUAGUAAUUCGAGCGAAAAUAACGACGAUCCAGAUUUUGCUAGAGUGACUCCUAGACGUAGAACGAAGAGUUUAAAAUAUUCGGAUCAUUAUGUCAAAGAUAGUCCGUCAACAAAAAAAACAAAAUCUCCCAGCAAACGUAUUUGUAAAAAUAUUAAUUAUAACGAAGAGACAAAUAAUGAUGCUACAAAUUUAAAUGAAGAGAUGAACCGUACAAUGGACAAAAUGGAGUGGAGUGAUAGUGAAGUUGUUGAAUCUAAUGAAGAAAAUUAUCCCAACGGAACAUUAAGAAAGACUACAUGCUCAAAAUAUCUUAUCAUCGAAGACAACAAUAAAAGUAGAAAUGUUGCUAAUGAUCAUGGAAUUUUAACCGAUAAACAGAAAUCAUUGAAGCUGGUAUCAAAAGAAAACAAUGACAAGACUAGUAUUGCCACAAUCAAAAAUGAAGAUCUUGCAUUGACGCGAACACCCAGGAGAUCUAGAAGAACUCUGAGUACUCAAGAUGAUGUAUCGACUCCCAAUCGAAGAAACGGGAAAUUAGGCUAUAAAGAAAUUGAACCAAACAGGCCAAGGCGAAGCGUCACUGCACCAAAACUUCAAACACCUUCAAAAUCUGUAAAAACUGGUUUACUAACGCCAUCUAUGCAACAACGCAACAUAUGCAUUUCCCAGCCCUCGACGCCUCUGCAGGAAGCCAGAGCCCGUUUACACGUCAGUGCUAUUCCCAAGUCUCUGCCGUGCAGGGAAGAAGAGUUCAAUAACAUUUAUACAUUUCUAGAAGGAAAACUGACGGACAAUAGUGGAGGUUGCCUCUACAUAAGUGGUGUACCUGGCGCAGGCAAAACAGCGACCGUAAAUGAAGUAAUACGAUGUUUGAAAAAAUCAGUGUCCAAAAAUAAACUUGAUCGUUUCGAAUUCAUUGCAAUUAACGGUAUGAAGUUAACUGAGCCAAGGCAAGCUUACGUCGAGAUUUUGAAGCAAUUGACAGGAAAGAAAGCUACAUGGGAACAAGCUCAUGAGCUUCUUGACAAGAGAUUCACAAGGGCUGCGCCAAGGAGGCUCAUGACUUUACUGCUCAUCGAUGAGCUUGAUAUUUUGUGCAACAAACGGCAAGACGUAGUCUACAACUUGUUAGAUUGGCCUGCUAAAUCGACUGCUCAGCUUGUAGUAAUUACAAUUGCCAAUACCAUGGAUUUGCCUGAAAGAGUUUUAAUGGGACGUGUCACAUCUCGAUUGGGUCUUACCCGAUUGACAUUUCAACCCUAUACUCACAAACAGCUACAGGAAAUAGUUGUUACUAGAUUAAAUGAUUCAAAUGCGUUCAAAAGUGAAGCCAUACAAUUAGUCGCUCGGAAAGUAGCUGCUGUAUCUGGUGAUGCACGAAGGGCGUUGGAUAUUUGUCGGCGCGCAACUGAAUUAGCAGAAAUAAAUGGAUCGGAUAUUGUGUCAAUUCAAGACGUUAAUGAAGCCCUAACGGAAAUGAUUGCCAGUCCAAAAGUUCAAGCUAUAAGGCAUUGCUCAGAAAUGGAGCAAAUGUUCUUACAGUCUGUUUGUGCAGAAGUUGGACGUACGGGUGUCGAAGAAGUCAUUUUUAAGAACAUUUAUAAUCAGCUGAUAUCACUCUGUUCUCUAGAAGGUCUAACGGUGCCUACAGUGACUGAAGCUAUUACAAUUUGCACGAGACUCGGUGCUUCUAGGUUGUUAAUAUGUGAACAUUCGAGAGCGGAUAUACAUCAAAGAGUCCUGUUAAAUAUCUCGUCGGAUGAUGUCCAUUUUGCGAUGCGUAUAACUGACGUUUAGUUUUUUAAAAAAUGAUCACGCAUUAUCGUUGCCCAAUAGUAUUUUAUGUUGAUUCGUUUAUAUUCAAGGUAAUUUGUGUGUGCCAUGUUUUAGUAAAAUACGAAAUUGUGAAUAUGAUUGAUUUUUUCUUUUACUCUUGUGACUAGCCAAACUUGUGCAUUCGUAGUAUAAAUAUUGUCAAUAUAGUAAAACCAUUAAUAUUUGAUGUAUAAAAGUAAUUGUAUUUUCGUAUGAUAAUAUACAUAUUUUUAUUUUCGUA